GGCACUGGGAAGAGGAGGAGGACAGCUUACAAGGAACAGAGAAAGAGAAACGGAAGAUACAGAAGGCUUUAAUGUACAGCACAAGCAAAGAAAAGAAAUAUAGCUAUUUUAUUGCUUUAACCACCUGCAUGUGCACUGAUAAAAGACUGUACAAACGGAAGAAUUAAAUGACAAGAUUGAAUGUGACUGGAUUGUGACUCUACCGUUGCAGCCCCUCCGGCAGGCAGCCCAUUCACAAACAGCGGACUGCUUCAAGCGCUUUGACAGGGGAGAAGAUGAGGAAAUUCUAACUGACACUCCUCCUGCGUGGAAUUUUUAUCUUGUCCUCGGUCUCAGUUGUUUUCAUGAGACCAAUCUUGGCUGUAGUCCAGUUCAUCAGGCUGAGCUGAGGAAGCUGAAUAAAGCCGGGGAGAUAUGCGAAGAAAAAGCAGACAAGCAAUCAGCGUGAGUGCAGCGUCUGUUUGCACCUGCCACUGAAAAGACAGCUCUGCCAGCACGGCUUUUGUCGUCCGCCUGCCUUCUUGGCGAAUGAGAGACAGAGGCCUCUCGGCCGAGGGGAAUGGAAUUCAGCCAUGCGGCUCUGACUGGAGUUGUUGUUUGCCUUGUGCUGUCAGUGGGCAGCCAGUGCCUGCGUUCCUCCUGCUGCUGCUACUGACUGUUUCCAGAUCAUCUCAAGAGUGUAGGCUGAAAAUAUUCUCUGCUUGCUUCCGCCCUUCCACUUUUAGCCACUCUUGGGCAGAAGCAAGUGAUAAACAACGAACUUGAUGAUUUGAAUUAACCUACUAGGUGAAUGGAUGCACUGAGGGUUAAACUUAACUUGGUCGAUUUAAUGGAAUCUGUUGCACCUUAAACUAAUUCUGCAUCUCUGGAGGACUGCGCUGGCCUGAAUAUUUUUCUAUUUUCAUCCCUCGAGGUGCCAUUUUUAUCAUUAACUGUCCACCGGUUAUGCCGAGGCUGUAGUUUCCAUAGAAAUGAAGAUAUCUGGGAAUCUCUGGAGACUGAGAGUGUCAGAAUAAGGUGAAGGAGAGGUAGAGGAAAAGAACUCUGUUGUGUUUCCUUUAGCCUGGGUGAAAAUAUGUUUGGAUGAUAGCGGAGGUCACCUGUGCUGAAUGGAUGUAUGAAGGAAGAGUUUCAGGGAGACACAUAUUUUCCAGCCAUUUCUCACUCUGAGGAAGUGAAGAUACAAAGAGGUACAGAAACACGCUGUUCUCAAAGCUCUCCUUUCUCUGAACUGCCAGAAGAAAACAGUGAACAGAGAAGAAGAAUGUUAGCCAUGUGCUGAAAUGCUCUCCUACUCUCAAUUGACUCUUUCAGUGUCCUCAUGUUGAACCAUAUUCUUCAGAUUUUUCCAUUUUUGGAAUAUCUGUUGAAAAUCAAAUAGAGUGCAUUGUUAUUUUCAUGAAUGUCUGAUGCUAUUAGGUGAGAAAAAUUUCAAGUGGGAAAAGUUAUUCAAUAGUCAUUUGCUAAUCUUAUAGGAUGAUCGCAUCUGUUUUUGCUGUGGAUGAGCAUGACAUCAGCAAAGAGCGAAUUUUCAGCACUAAUACCCAAAGUCGGGUCUCUGUCAGAUCAUUUGUGCCUCAUGGACUUCUGAUAAUUCUUGGGUAGAGGACUUUAUCCUUGAUUAGGAAAGUGAGACAACUUCAAUAAAGUCGGGAUCCAGAUACAAGACAGUAAAAUGGAUGACUCCAGUAUAUUAAGGCGGAGAGGCCUUCAGAAGGAGCUGAGUCUUCCGAGAAGAGGCAGUUUCUGUCGGACCAGCAACAGAAAAAGUUUGAUAGUGACAUCCAGCACCUCUCCCACUUUGCCUCGCCCCCAUUCUCCACUGCAUGGACACCCAGGAAGCAGCCCAUUGGACAGUCCACGCAAUUUCUCCCCAAAUACUGCGGGGCACUUCUCUUUUGUGCCAGCUCGCAGCCAUGGACACAGGGCUGACAGGACUGAUGGUCGUCGCUGGUCUCUUGCCUCUCUGCCAUCCUCCGGCUAUGGAACCAACACCCCCAGCUCAACAGUCUCGUCAUCAUGUUCAUCUCAGGAGAAGCUGCACCAGUUGCCCUUCCAGCCAACUGCAGACGAGCUGCAUUUCCUCACCAAACACUUCAGCUCGGAGAGCAUCACGGAUGAGGACGGGAGAAGAUCUCCAGCCAUGCGACCGCGCUCCCGCAGUCUCAGCCCUGGACGCUCACCCAUAUCAUUUGACCAUGAGAUCGUCAUGAUGAACCAUGUUUACAAGGAGCGUUUCCCUAAGGCUACAGCUCAGAUGGAGGAACGGCUGGCUGAUUUCAUAUCCUCCUCAGCUCCUGACAAAGUCAUGCCUUUAGCUGAUGGCGUCCUGAGCUUCAUCCACCACCAGGUCAUCGAACUGUCUCGGGACUGCCUGGACAAAUCCCGCGAGGGUCUCAUCACCUCCCGCUACUUCUACGAGCUACAGGAGAACCUUGAGAAGCUACACCAGGAUGCUCAUGAGCGUUCAGAAAGUGGGGAGGUGACGUUUGUCACCCAGCUGGUCAAGAAGCUGAUGAUAGUCAUCGCCCGGCCCGCCCGUCUGCUGGAGUGUUUGGAGUUUAACCCAGAGGAGUUCUACCACCUGUUAGAGGCUGCUGAAGGUCAUGCUAAAGAAGGUCAGGGGAUCAAGUCUGACAUCCCUCGAUACAUCAUCAGCCAGCUGGGCCUCACCAGGGACCCCCUUGAGGAAAUGGCCCAGCUGAGCAGCUAUGACAGUGGUAACCCUGAAACCCCAGAGACAGAGACAGAUUCCACAGAUAGUCGUGGAGCCACUGUACAGCCACCCCAGCUUCAGCCUCAGUCCAAGCCUAAAACUCCUCGUGAAGAAGACUUUGAGACUAUUAAACUCAUCAGUAAUGGAGCUUAUGGGGCUGUGUUUUUGGUGAGGCAUAAGGAGACCCGUCAGCGAUUUGCCAUGAAGAAGAUCAACAAGCAGAACCUGAUCCUGAGAAACCAGAUCCAGCAGGCCUUUGUGGAAAGAGACAUCCUGACAUUUGCAGAGAACCCUUUUGUUGUCAGCAUGUUCUGCUCCUUUGAGACAAGGAGACAUCUUUGCAUGGUUAUGGAGUAUGUGGAGGGUGGAGACUGUGCCACUUUGCUGAAGCACAUUGGAGCUCUGCCUGUGGAUAUGGCACGUAUGUACUUUGCUGAGACCGUUCUAGCACUGGAAUACCUUCACAACUAUGGCAUUGUGCACAGAGACCUCAAACCUGACAAUCUCCUGAUUACAUCAAUGGGACACAUCAAACUGACAGACUUCGGCCUGUCCAAAAUUGGUUUAAUGAGCUUAACAACCAAUCUCUAUGAGGGCCACAUUGAAAAAGAUGCCCGUGAAUUCCUUGACAAACAGGUGUGUGGUACUCCUGAAUACAUUGCUCCUGAGGUCAUUCUGAGGCAGGGCUAUGGUAAACCAGUGGACUGGUGGGCCAUGGGAGUCAUCUUGUAUGAGUUUCUGGUGGGCUGUGCUCCCUUCUUUGGGGAUACACCCGAGGAACUGUUUGGACAAGUCAUCAGUGAUGAGAUAAUCUGGCCAGAUGGUGAUGAAGCUUUGCCUCCUGAGGCUCAAGAUCUCAUCUCCAAACUACUGCGGCAAAACCCUCUGGAGCGUCUGGGGACAGGGAGUGCGUUUGAGGUGAAACAGCACCGCUUUUUUACUGAUCUGGACUGGAACAGUCUCCUGAGGCAGAAGGCAGAGUUCAUUCCUCAGCUAGAGUCGGAGGAUGACACUAGCUACUUUGACACACGCUCAGAUCGGUAUCAUCAUGUAGACUCGGAGGAAGAGGAUGACACAAAUGAUGAUGACCAUCUGGAGAUCCGUCAGUUCUCCUCCUGUUCACCACGAUUCAGCAAGGUAUAUAGUAGUAUGGAGCGUCUUUCCUUGCACGAGGAGAAGCGCACCCCUCCUCCCACUAAGCGCAGUCUGAGUGAAGAGGGAGGAGAGCGAAUCGACAGUCUCAGUGGCCUAAAGUCUAGAGACCGGAGCUGGCUGGUGGGCUCGCCUGAGAUCUUAAGGAAGCGUCUCUCUGUUUCUGAGUCAUCUCACACCGAGAGUGACUCCAGCCCACCUCUGACUGUACGUCGCCGCUGCUGCUCGGCCAUCAUCGAAAUGCCCAGAUUCGCCAUUUCCAGCGAAGAGGAUGGCGGUGUGGGGGGCAGGAAGACCCCUGUGAGAGGCCCUCGUGGGGAAGAUCUGCCUCAGGCCAUACCAGAGCUCCCUGUGGAGAGAGAGCUGAGGCUGGAUGAAUCGCCCACCACACCAGGCUCCACUUCCAGCCAGAUCAGCCAAUCCACUCUUACACCUGGUAGUGCUGGUGAUGUAUUGGAUCGAGCUUCUCGCUACAGUGUUGAAAGUUCUGAAAACUCCACUCCUAAAGCCAUCAGUGAUUUAGCGGCUCGAAGAGCUCGCCACAGAUUGCUUUCAGGAGAUACAGAGAAACACACAUCACGCCCACUUAACAAAGUUAUCAAAUCAGCCUCGGCAACUACCCUCUCACUUAUGAUCCCUUCUGAUCACCAUGGCGCCUCUCCUCUGGCCAGUCCCAUGUCCCCUCACUCUCUCUCGUCCAACCCCUCAUCACGUGACUCCUCUCCCAGCCGAGACCUUUCCCCAGCUGUCUGUUGUGUUAAACCCGCCAUAGUCAUCCACCGAGCCGGCAAGAAAUAUGGUUUCACCCUGCGUGCCAUCAGGGUUUACAUGGGAGACACAGACAUUUAUACUGUGCACCACAUGGUCUGGCACGUGGAGGAUGGAGGACCUGCUCAUGAGGCUGGACUGAGAGAGGGAGAUCUCAUUACACAUGUUAAUGGAGAGCCUGUCCAUGGACUUGUGCACACGGAAGUUGUAGAGCUCAUUCUCAAGAGUGGUGGUAAGGUGUCCAUCGCUGCUACGCCUUUUGAGAAUACAUCUAUUAAGGUUGGCCCUGCACGCAAAACCAAUUCCAAGUCCAAAAUGGCCCGGCGUAACAAAAGAACGAAAACCAGAGAAGGCCAAGACAGUAAGAAGAAAAACUCCCUGUUCCGUAAGAUCACCAAGCAGGCAACUCUUCUCCACACCAGUCGCAGCCUGUCCUCUCUGAACCGCUCGGUCUCAUCUGGCGAGAGUGUCCCGGGGUCUCCCACACACAUGUCCCCUCGUUCACCCACACAGGGCUGUCGUUCCACACCCGACUCUGCCCACUCAGUUGGUGGGAACUCAUCCCAAAGUAGCUCACCUAGCUCCAGUGUGCCAAACUCUCCUGCCAGUUCUGGUCAGAUCAGGCCCAGCUCUUUGCACGGUCUGGCCCCCAAACUGCAGCGCCAGUACCGUUCCCCUCGCCGGAAGUCCGCAGGCAACAUCCCCUUAUCCCCUCUGGCUCGUACACCGUCGCCCACCCCUCAGAGCACCUCCCCCCAGCGUUCUCCUUCACCUCUUUCAAGCCAUGGGCUCAUGACUUCUUCAAUAGGCCAGUCUUUCCCUGUCAAACUCCACUCUUCACCUCCAUUAGUAAGACAGAUAUCCCGCCCAAAGAGUGCAGAUCCUCCUCGCUCUCCUCUGCUCAAACGUGUCCAGUCGGCUGAGAAACUUGCAGCCUCUCUUUCUUCUUCAUCCUCCUCACCUUCUCCAUCCUCUGCUGCUGAUAAAAAGCUGCCAGUUGGGGCCAGCCGCAAACACAGUCUUGAUACCUCACAUUCAGAGUUUAAAAAGGAGAUGCUGCAGCGAGACCCUAGUCUACAGAGCCUGCAAGAGUCGGCCAGUGAGAUUCUAAUGGGAGGAAGAGUGUCUCCUGCAGAAAAGGGCAGCCUGCAGAAGAGUUCAGUUCGAAAACUGGGUCGACAAGAAGGUCCUGAAUCUGGAACUGGAACUCUGGGACUUGUUCCUGGAAAGAGUAAACUGAAAGACAAGCUGUCUGCCAUACGCCAAGAUCGCGCCGAGCGCCGGGAGUCUCUUCAAAAGCAAGAUGCCAUCCACGAGGUGGAUUCCUCAGAGGAUGAGACAGACGAAGGGUCAGAAGACAGCCAAGAUGGACGCAGAACAAGCUAUGUUCCUCCUAGCCAUAUCUUGAGGCCUACUACUGUAAUGGCCUCUCCCCAUACCAUCAGGAUCGGACCAGCAGCUCCACCAACACUAGGAAUGAUGCCCUCAACAGUUGCACCACCAGGCUUACCUCAGCCCGGUCAAGGACUGCAGAUACAAAGCCAAAGUACCACUCAAUCUCAGAUACAAACUUCAACCUCACCACCAAUGCAAGCUGCAGCCAAGCCCCCAGAACAGAAUUCCACAACCUCUACUAUGGCCCAAGACUCCAAUUCAACACUAUCUGAUGACUCGAUAAAAAAAGAGUCAAAGGUACAUGACUCCGGUGUUAGGCCUUCUCCACCUCAACCCAGCCCUCUGUCCAGCACCUUUUCCACCCACGGCAGCGCCUUUACCUCUGUCAGCAAAGACCCAUUUGUCAAACCUACCACACCUCCAUUGGAUCCCCGGAGGGCCCCCAAAACUUCUGAGCCUAGGUCCAAAACCAGUGGUAUAAUGGAUUCUAGCACUGCUUCUGGAGUAGCCAGGGAUACCCCUGUUGCUACCACACCAACCGGAGGCAUCACCAAGGAGAUGAAGGAGGCAGACAACCGCAGACAGGCUGCAGCCGCUGCUGCUGCUGCUACCGCCUCUGCAUCCACUGCCUCUGAGAGCGGAAUGGACAAAGUCGUUUCUCAACUGGCCACUGUUGCUAAGAGUGUGCUUGGCCCUGUCAAACUCAACAUCCCAGGUACAAAAGAGGCCUCGGAGCGGACAAAGGACCAGCGUCCCCAGGUAGAUGCCACCCACCCAAAGAUAAAAGAAUGUCGUCUGGAGCGUCCUGAUUCUCCUGACCGCUUGAGUCCAUCUGCUGCUUCUGGCUCCCAGUCUCCAAGGCUGACAGAAUCUCCCUCUAAACAAACAUUUUCCAAAUCUGAGCCCGCCACAACUUCUCAGAGGGCUUUAGAGGUCCCAGGCACUUCAAAAAAGCCAACUCCUCCAAACUCCCAAGCUGGGGAAGAGAAUCAGGAAAGACAAGGGACUCCACAAAGUGGCACCACACCAAGGCCUAGGUCUGAAGCACAAUCACGGGCCCAGGCAAAGCCCAGUUCCUCUACUUCACGAGAUAAAUCUAACAAGACAACGUAGCAGCCUUGCAGAAAGACACGUUUUCUCCAGCUUUAAUUUAACUUGCCUAUUAACAGACAAAUGCACAUUUUAACACAAAGCAGUUGUCCUGUUUAAUGUCAUUAUCCCUGUGAAAGGAUUAUGGAAGGAUAAGACAGAGGAAGAGAUAGGGGUGUUUACAGAUGAGCUCAACAGCUUCAUUUCAGAAUGUUUUAUGCUCUGCCAUUCACAAAAUAAUUGAGGCUGUGUAAUUGAUUUGCUUUUCUUGUUCCUCCUUUUUAAGUAUUUUUCUCAGCAGCUAGAAAACCUGGAAAAAUGUGUGGUUCUGCACCCUGAGAGCCAGAAACCGUGUCCACUUACAGUUUAUUACCUCUUCAUAUUAUCUUUAUAUUACUUUAAGAAUCUUCUCUUGUAGUAGGUAUAGUUGUGCCUUAAAGCAACACCUCAACAUUUCACUUGUAUUUCUUUCUGCCUGUUCAUCUUUGGAGGAAGACAUAUUGCAGCAAUAAGAGUAGCGUAUCCCGAGCAAUUUUUUCAAACACACCAGGUUGAUUUCAUCACACAUGUAGUAUAUAAGAAUAACCAAACUGCGUUUUCCAUCUUUCUCACUUGUGUCAGCUUUCAGUUGUGUCAAACAGCUGUGAGAUGUAUGUCUAUGAAAAUUGACAUGAGAUUUUCCCAUGGCACUGCCAUCAUUAAUGUUGUAUAUGGUAAUUAAAAUUUAGAUGUACAUUGUGGAAGAAUGAUGGUCAUUAAUGGCAUGAAUUGCAUCUUUAUAUGUUACUGUUUCUUAUCAGAAUUAAAGAUGUUAUUAGAAAUUAUUUGGAAUUACUAUGUGUAAUGAAUCGUGAUUUUUGGCCAUCAUUCACAUCCACUAAAGCUACAUAUCGUAGCUAAAGACAUUACUGCAAGAGCAAGUCACUUGCACAUCAUUAUGUCUAGUUUGGUUUAGUCCUUGUUAAAAAUUUCAAAUGGACCAUUUUAUUUCUUACUCAGCUUGCAUAUUUUAUUUUCUCUCAUUUUAAUAUCUGGACCAAUUUGCUAUAUCUGUAUAUUUGUUUGCUUCGUUUUUUUCUUUUUUCCUCCCUGGCAGACUUGUAUCUGGAGUGUGUGUGUAUGUGUGCCUAUGUACAGAGCGUUUGAGUGUGUGUUUGUGUGGGGUCUCAUAUAAUGUAUAUUUAAAAAAAGUCUGUUCUUUGUUAGUUUUAUGCCCUAAACAAUGGGAGUUUGUUUUUAAUUGGUGUCCUGUCUUUGCCAUAUCAGCUCUGCUUUUUGAAAUAUACCUGGCAAAGAUGUAUUUGCACAAACCCUUUUUAUUUUGUGUGUAAUUAAUAUGAAAAACCAAUAAAUACAGUAUCCAAUUAGAUCCCAGACUUGGUUGGGGUCUUAAAGGGUUUGACCAGUGAAUGAGACUGUGGUACGUUUUCAUAUUAUCUUGAUUUAACAAUGUGUUAACACCAUAUUGUAUUUAAAGCUUAACCUGUGGAACUAUAAUAUUUUAACCACAUUUUGCAUUUCUAAUCGAAACCAAUUGACUGUAUUGUGUUUCUGCUCAGUUUACCACUCAAUAAUUAUGCACAUCGUUUCAACACUUGCCACUAGUAUAAAGGGGUCUCGUUACUCAGCAAGUCAGUUCCAAAAGUAAGGCUAUUUCCAACACACUACUGUGCUACUUUGUCCCUGCCCAUAUGGAAAAUUAAAGUUGUUUUUUUUUUUUUUUUUUAGACUUUAUGACUGAUUGUACUUAGUCACUUGAUGAUGGUAUGUACAGUAGUUUCACUAUAACCUUAUUCAUGUUUUGUCCAUAUAAAAUGUGAAUGGAUGUCUUGCACAUUUAUGCUUCUUUAGGGAAUGGAGCUGUUGAUCGCAUUGCAGCCUGAAGCUUAAUUCCUGAUGAACCUAAUUAACCUGGGCACCACGAUCAGUAAAAAAAAAAAUGCACUUGUAAUGAGAAUGGCAUUUGGAUGAAGUUGGAAAUGCAUCUGUGGGCUGUCAGGUUUAAUAUAGUGUUUGCCCUGAUCGAUCUUACACUAGUGGCCAAGGCAUAAAUACACUGUUAUUAAAAAAAAAAGACCAAUGCUUAACCAUUAUGUCCACAAGAGAUGACUUACAACUGAAUCCCACUCCAAAGUUACAUUCUCAUACCCAGAGAACUUGAAACUCCAUUUAAACUAAAUUUGUUGGGCUUAAAGAAACUGCCCUUAAAUGUUUACAUGCGUUAUACCUUGAGAGAACAUUUGUAAUCGGCACACUAGUGCAUUAUGUCUAAAUAAUGUGUCGUAUGGUGUGAGUGCUCAGGCACGUUUUGUAGCUUAAAUAAUAGCAGACCACUAGUGAUUUCCUUUCUGGCUGCGCUGCAUUUGAGAUUUUACAGGGUGUAAAGACAUUAAGUAGCUUUGUUGCAUUCACUCCUAGUAUUUUUUUUUUUUUUUAAAUGUAGUUCCUGAUGACUUGCUUCACAUUAUAAGUGUGCUUUUAACAAAAAAGGAAAACAUUGUAAUUUUGUAAGUAUGUGUGUAAAUGCGUUAAAUUCAUCUCUGCUCCCUUUUCUAAAGUCGUGAGCUGCCGUGGGCUGUGAAAGUGAGCGCUAACUGCCUUCUCGUGUACGUGAUGUGGAUAAUGAUGAUGGUUGGGCUAUUUGUUGAGGUAAAGUCAGGUGUCGGAAUGCCUGCGGUGGUCAUCCAUCAAUGUCCCGCAGCCACAUGCCACCAUGCACGCACUAGUGAAAUGUAAUCUCACACACAGUCUAGAGCAAAUUCACCCACCACCUCUCACCUGUGGUAUAGCUUGGCUCUUUAUGAACGAAAACCUUUGGAGCACACAUACACGCACUACUUGCAUCUACCCAUAUAGUCGCCAUGUCCAACCACUGCCCUCUCCUUAUGUCUGUGUGUUUGUGUUUGACGCAAAUGGCAGCACAGAUGAGAUAGUUUACUUUUAUGUAAAUAUUUUCAAGUCUAGUGUGUCUUUAAUAUGAGAAGAAUUGAAGUUUUUUGGUGUGCAAUGGACAUUGCCUUAGACAUGACGCAUAGAUGAAUGGGACAAUGACUAGAUAUUAUUUGUAUUUUAAGACUUGACACUCAGUUAUGGUGAUAUAGUAGUAUGGAUUUAGGGCACUGUCCGUGUGUCCGUCAUGCUUUGUCCAAGACUAAAGGAGACAAUGUGGUUGUACAGACACAAGUGAAAAGAAAUGGGCAAAUAAAAAACUGCUCAAGUUAAACCAGUGCAAUAUCUUACAAUUUUCUAUUGUGGUAAGACGCAUGUUUGUUGUUAAUCCUACCUUAUGAAUAAUAAAGAUUUUUUUAAGUAA